GACAGUUAGAGCUGGAUAGUUUACUCUGGUUGGGUGGCAGGCCGAGAGAGUUUUGUUCGUUUUGCACUUUGGCUGAUUGCCAUUUGAAAUACAUGCAGUAGCUGCAGCUUUCGGCUGGAAUGGAGAACAGCAGUGCCUCAGUACUCGGACUGUAUGGGUUCAUCACCGCGGUGCUUGGGGCAGCGGUAGCCAUCCACUUUCAGAAAUCGGAAGCCCGGUUGAAUUUAAACCCUUUCACCAAUCUGUCCUCGCUGCUGUUAUUUGCCGGAGGAUCCUUGCUUUACAUUUACCUACCGUUGUACGUGGGGCUUCUCCUUUUCGCCGUUUGCUGCUGUCUGGUUUAUCAAUCGAUUUGCUCCAAUGGAAUACUUUCUUCGGAUGGAAAAGCUGUCCUAAUCACUGGAUGUGACUCGGGCUUCGGUCACGCUUUGGCCAAGCGUCUACAUUCUCUUGGUUUCCAUGUGUUUGCAAUGGUACUUCAAGAAGAAGGAGAUGGUGCGCAAAAGCUCAAGUUGGUCCGUUCUAAUCGGCUAACAGUUAUUGAAAUGGAUGUUACAAAUCAUGCAAUGAUCCACAAAGUCCAAAAAGAAGUUGCAAAGCAGCUGGGUAACCAGGGACUCUUUGCUUUAGUUAAUAAUGCUGGCAUCAUAGCCAACAUUGGUGAUGCAGAAAUCAUCCCAACAGUUGCUUAUAAACGAUGCAUGGAAGUCAAUUUCCUUGGAACAGUCGAAGUUACUAAAACAUUUUUACCCCUGAUUCGUCAAGUGAAAGGAAGAAUUGUAAAUAUUUCUAGUCCCUCAGGAGAACUGCCAUUUGGAAGCAUGUCAGCAUACGGAACAUCCAAAGCAGCGCUGGAGUUUUUUUUAGACAUUUUGCGUCAAGAGAUGAAGGCCUGGGGAGUACAAAUAUCUAUCAUCCAACCUGGUGCCACCAAAACAGGUCAAAUUGGGAAUAUCGAAUUCUGGAAGCAACAACAUGAAAAGCUGAUGGAUGGCCUCUCUCCAGAGCUUCUACAUGACUACGGAGAAGAUUACUUUGCUGAAAUACAGCAAAGGAUGAUGAGAAUUGGUCCACUUUUCCGACAGCAUGUAGGCCCAGUAAUCGACACAAUUGUCACUGCUUUGUUAGUGCAAAACCCAAAGCCUAGAUACACCACUGAGUUUGUGAUCGAUGUGCUAAAAACCCUUUACUACUUUCUGCCUUCUUUGGUCAGUGAUACUAUUCUUAAUCAGGUUUUUAUUGCACACAAACUCGUACCAAAAGGUGUAAAAAAAGGGUAAUGUCGGCCAAUAUGAUUCCUAAUAGAACUUGUGGCCUGCAUAUUGUAUGUAAUGCUUUCAAGUUGUUAAAUUUGUAUUUUGUCAUUUUACCGGUGACAUUCAGUAAGUUAGUUCGAUGUUACGCUGAAUAUUAAUGUAAAAUGCAAGUAACUUUGUACCAAAUGAAAGUGGAAAAUAAAUUGAUAUGUGCUAGCAGUGAACAGUGAUGCUUCAUAAAAAGCAAUUUGAGGACAAUGGUACUGAUUCUGUGUGUGAUGAAAAGGAUAAGGUAAUCUGGUAGCACAUGUUCCUCAUUGCUGUUUCUGGGGAAUCCUUCACUCUUGGAGCAAAAAAACACAAUGAAGCGGAGACCCAUUAUCUCAGGUCUCUGUUCACACUGGGCUAGGAUGAUCUAGGAACUCCUGAGGUUGUGGCAUUGGGCUUGGGUCGGAAGCAGACACAUGAUAAUGGUUUUGAGGUGGAACAGGGUCUUUGCAGCCUUCCACCUCAUUUUUUCAUCAACUAAUUUUCGGGCGCCACAGUAAAUGGAUGCUGAAAGAUAGUGGGGUUUGAACUGGGUCUUUAGGGUAACCCAAAGAUGCAAGUGGAUAAAUAAAUCUGUUCUGGCAAGAUACUUUGGAUCUUGCAGUGCACUCUAGCUGGCAGGUGUCCUAGGGCACUUGGUUUCCAGUCACAGCCUGUCAGCUUGAUACAAAGGAGUCUUGGUCCUCAAACCAGAUUGGGUCUCCCUCUGGGACUACCAGGCAGCUGGAAUUCUGCUGGCUAACUCCCCUGAUACUGCUGUGGGGGAAAAUCAACCCCAUAACUGCUGCAAAACUAUUAGGACGAGGCCAGAAAGUCUAAACCACAGAUUCACAUUUCAUUAUGCUCGUGGGUGUAUUUUGUGUGGGAUUUAGCAUGAAAAUUAACUUUCAUUUCUCUUUUGACUUUCCUCAGUAUUGAUUGUCCUGCACCGUGAGUCUUGACCUUUUCAUCUUGGUUUCCCACUAAAAAUAAACAGUAAUAUAUAUUA